GCUUUUGCCCGCGCCAGUAAACAUGGCGGACGGCUAACGUUGCAUUCAUACACAUUUAGCCCUAAAGUGUUGGGUUUUCUUUCGGUUGUGGCUUUAUUUUUUUGCUUUAGGUGUCACGGAGAGCGUGACAAACCCAUCGUGGUCCACCAGGUUUUCCUGAAGUAAAGGUUAAACGAGACUGACCGCAACAAUGGGGCGACGUUCAACCUCCUCCACCAAGAGUGGGAAGUUCAUGAAUCCCACCGACCAGGCCAGGAAAGAGGCGAGGAAAAGGGAGUUAAAAAAGAACAAGAAGCAGAGGAUGAUGGUAAGAGCAGCAGUGUUGAAAAUGAAGGAUCCCAGACAGAUCAUCAGAGAUAUGGAGAAGCUAGAUGAGAUGGAGUUUAACCCAGUUCAACAGCCUCUGCUGAAUGAGAAAGUACUGAGGGACAAGAGGAAGAAGCUGCGUGAGACAUUUGAGCGCAUCAUCCAUUUGUACGAGAGGGAGAACCCGGAAACUUACAAGGAGCUGCGCAAACUGGAACUGGACUACGAGACCAAGCGAGGCCAGCUGGCUCUUUAUUUUGAUUCAGUGAAGAAUGCCGAGUCAGUGGAGGUCGACAGUAUUCCUUUACCUGACAUGCCCCACGCUCCUUCAAAUAUUCACAUCCAAGACAUCCCAUUGCCAGGGGCGCAGCCUCCCUCCAUUCUGAAGAAGACCCCUUUUGGCAAGCCACUUCUUUCUUCAUCCACUGGACCGGUGAUGGCAUCAGUACCUGGUGUCCCGCGUUUACCUCCAGGAAAGAAGCCACCAGGGCCCCCACCUGGACCCCCACCUCCUCAGGUCCUGGCUCUCUAUGGAAUUCCUUCUCGGAGAGCUUACAGCACAAAAGCCGAAUCCUCCAUUCCUGGUUUAGAUAGAGACGUGGAAAUGGAAAGGGAUCAGGACAGUGGCAGUGAGAGCGACAGAGAUGACCGGGACGAUGACAGCGACUCUGAGGAAGACAGCGAGGAAGAGCGAGAAGGAGGGGACAACGAGCGGCAAGAUGACGACAAAAAGAGGGAGGAGAACAAAGACAGAGGUCGGAGUGUGCGUUUUGCAGACAUGCCAGCGGAAGGAGAUGGGAAGAAAAAGAAGAAAAGAGUUGUGAAAAAGAGCAAAGCCAUCACUCCUCUGCAGGCCAUGAUGUUGAGGAUGGCAGGUCAGUCGAUUCCUGAGGAGGAUGAAGACGAAGAAGAAGAGGAAGAAUAUACGGAUGGAUCUGACAGCUCUGACACAGAGGAGAGGGGAUCAAAGGGAGAAAAGCAGCCUCAUUCUUUGGCUGGUCAGAAUCUGCCUCCUACUGCCGGAAAUGUGGCACAGCAAGGUCCUCCACCCAUGCAAGGUCCUCCAAUGACUGGACCUCCACCUCUCGGCCCACCUCCAGCUCCUCCAAUGAGGCCCCCUGGUCCUCCUUCUGGUCCCCCACCAGGCCCUCCGCCAGGCGCUCCUCCCUUCCUGAGGCCUCCUGGGAUGCCAGGGGGGAUGAGAGGUCCGAUGCCUCGUCUUUUGCCUCCCGGUCCUCCACCAGGUCGGCCUCCUGGUCCUCCACCGGGCCCCCCUCCUGGUCUUCCUCCAGGCCCUCCUCCUCGUGGACCUCCUCCAAGACUCCCCCCUCCUGCACCUCCAGGCCUCCCACCCCCUCCCCCAAGGGCAGGAGGCCCCCCACGCUCUCUUGCGCCACCUCUCUCCUUAUUUCCUCCACCCCUCAACUCCAAUGUUCUCAGUGCUCCUCCCAAUAUUGUCCAGAGGCAGAAAGGAACCAGCCAGGACGCCUCACAGAGCAACAUGCCCCCACCGCCCAUGCGGAUUCCCCCUCCCCCCGGAACAGCAGCCGCCACAAGCGCAAGCCGUCACCACGCAGCCACCAUCGAAAAGCGCGCCAACAUCACUUCUGUUGCUGCGGCUGGAGGCGGCCUGGCUGCAGGCGCCGGCGGAGCGACCAUCUCUGCCAAACCACAAAUCAUCAACCCCAAAGCAGAGGUCACCCGCUUCGUGCCCACGGCUCUGAGGGUGCGCAGGGACAAGAGCGGAGCUGUGCCGGGGGCCGCGGCCGCUCAUCAUGAGAAAGCCGGGGCGGGAGCUCUGGGGAGGAGGGUAGAUGAGGGGCUGGGAGGGGGCCAGUGGCAGAAACAGCAGGGUGCCACAGUGGUUAUGGGAAUGGCUCACCCAGCCCAGAUGGGCGCCGUAUCCCAGCCAAGCAUGAAGACUAAAGAUCAGGUUUAUGAAGCCUUCAUGAGAGAGAUGGAAGGACUUCUCUGAGACUCGCCAGGAUUCGACUCCAUGAUAUUCCACAGGAUCUGUGAACAAGUGUGUUUUUUAAUAUUUUCUGUGCAAAGUUUCAACUGUAAGUACAGCGUUGGUCAAGAACAGUUUAGUUCAGCAGAGAGCCCUGCUUUCAGCAAACUCAUGUUUAGAUUGGUUUUCUUUUUUUUUAAGUGUAACUGAGCACCAAACUCUGCUCAGAAGCGCAUCUCCUUCAAGUUUAUUUGAAAUGAUUAGAAAAACUUUGAUCAUUAAAGCAGCUGUUUGGUCACAUCACUUUUUAUUAUUAUCUUGUGUUUUGUUGAAAGAAUCUACAUGUAAAACUAUUGUUUGACCAGCACUGAUAAACCUUCGCCAUCUGCUGAAUAAACAUUUAGAAAACA